CAGGGGAGGAGCCGGUACACCUGUGCAAGACUGAAGGGGAGGAGCAGGUACACCUGUGCAAGACUGAAAGGGAGGAGCCGGUACACCUGUGCAAGACUGAAGGGGAGGAGCCGGUACACCUGUGGAAGACUGAAGGGGAGGAGCCGGUACACCUGUGCAAGACUGAAGGGGAGGAGCCGGUACACCUGUGCAAGACUGAAAGGGAGGAGCCGGUACACCUGUGCAAGACUGAAGGGGAGGAGCCGGUACACCUGUGCAAGACUGAAAGGGAGGAGCAGGUACACCUGUGCAAGACUGAAGGGGAGGAGCAGGUACACCUGUGCAAGACUGAAGGGGAGGAGCAGGUACACCUGUGCAAGACUGAAAGGGAGGAGCAGGUACACCUGUGCAAGACUGAAGGGGAGGAGCAGGUACACCUGUGCAAGACUGAAAGGGAGGAGCAGGUACACCUGUGCUAGACUGAAGGGGAGGAGCAGGUACACCUGUGCAAGA